CCUCCCUUAGAAGGCCUGUAAUCUCCUAGCAUGUCAUCCCCCUCUCCUCAGAAGUGAUUAAGGGGCCAGGCUCCAAAGAGGAUUAAAGAAACAGUCUGUGGGGUGCAUUGGGCAGGAGUACUCUAUUCUGAGUUCAACUACCUUGUUCUCUUAAGAAUCACCACCAUGGCCCUUGUGCCUGGGAGCAGUGAGGAGGAUGGGCCUUGGGCUAGAGAUAGCCCAGGCUCCUCCAAGCACCCAGAAAGUCCCAGGCUGACCAACUCUCUGCGGAAGGACAGAGGAGAGAUUGGGAGGGUUGAAGGGCACCAGGAUAUUCAGGUUGUUUCUCAAAAGUCCCACCUGCCCUCUAUUGUGGUGGAAGCCUCUGAGGUGAAUGAAGAAGAGAAUGGGGAUCUCCAGUGGCCCCAUGAGGAGCUGCUGCUGCUCACAGAUGGUGAGGAAGAGGAGGCUGAGGCCUUCUUCCAGGACGAAAGUGAAGAGCCAGGCUGGGCUUGGAGCCCACAGAACCCUAGGUCACCCUUAAGAACAUUUAAUGUUGGACUCAGCUGGGGGCAGGAAGAACAAGAUGCCUCCUGGAUUCCUGAGGACACAGAGUACCAGGAAGCCCCCAACUUCUGUUCUUUUUGGGACCCAGCAAUAAGCUCCUAUGCCUGCAGAAGCCGUUUUGUGGAAUAUUCUCAUCUCCUGCCUCCAAGUAGCUUUGAGGGUAAGUACUGUUGUCUCUCCCUCAAAUAUUUCACCUAG